UCAUUCUAUAUACGGCGCAGUGUCAGUCUAGCUGUUAUGCUUUUGUGUCGUUACUAGUUUUCUUGUUUAUUAUUAAACAAAACCGGCUUUUGAGUCGACAUUAGUGUUGCCUGAUAGUGUCUUUAUGAAUGGAUGAUUAAAAUAAAUAAUAAUCGCCAUACCAUUAAUUCAAAUGUGAGUUAAAAAUCAAACUGAAUCAACAUUUUUUAAUGAGUGUUUUUCUAGUGAUAAUUUUAUACGUAGCAAUUUUUGAAUACUUAAGGUAUUAAGACUCAAGUGGUGAGAAAAUAAUCGGGACAUUUGUCGUUACCUGGCAACACUCGUUGAAAAUUCAAAUUGGACUACUGUUUGGAGUUGAAGUGGUUGUACUGGUAUAAGCGUUGGAUAUAACAUAACGCCCAUGCUGUUGCCAGUGGUGGUGGCAGUGACGAUCGCGUUCGUCCUGUGGAAGUACUUCAGCCGGGAGCAGAAUGAGUUGGCCAAAUUGCCAGGACCGCCGAGGUUGCCAAUUGUUGGCAGCGCCAUUACAUUCCUGGGAUUGUCACCGGAGGAAACAUUCAAGAGGAUCACCGCUUUGCCGAACGAAUAUGGCGGACGGGUGGUCCUCACGGCGUUCGGUCGAUAUAUACUGCACACUUAUAACGUAGAGGAUAUUGAGAUUGUCCUGUCACAUUCGAGGAACAUAAAGAAGGGCAUGGCAUACAGCUUCAUGGAGCCAUGGCUCGGCACAGGCCUGCUUAUCAGUACAGGCAACAAAUGGCAUAGACGCAGGAAGAUAUUGACUCCAGCGUUUCACUUCGACAUCCUGAAGAGUUUCCUGAAGGUCUUCGAGGAGCAGAGCAAGAGCCUGGUGGAAGGACUACGACAACUCAACAAGGGAGGCACCGACGUUGUCGACGUCAUACCUUUUAUAAGCGAUUACAUGCUGUAUGCUAUUUGUGAAACUGCUAUGGGAAUAAAAUUGGAUUCAGACACAUCAGAAACCAAAAUAGAGUAUAAAAAAGCGAUUUUAGAUAUCGGAUCAAUCGUUAUGCAGAGGCUCACGACUAUAUACCUCCACAACGACAUAAUCUUCAAUUUGCACCCAUUGGGCAGAAGGUUUGCCAAAUGUUUGGACAAAGUGCAUUCGUUUGCCGACAACGUUAUCAUGGAGAGGAAGAAAGCGUACGGUACAGAGCAGAAUGGUGGGAGUAAACGGAGAUUGGCGCUACUUGAUCUUCUGUUAGAAGCUGAGAGGAAAGGAGAAAUAGAUUUGGAGGGUAUUCGAGAAGAAGUCAAUACGUUUAUGUUUGAAGGACAUGACACCACUGCGAUAGCGUUGUCGUUUGGAAUAAUGCUUCUAGCUGAUCAUGAAGAAGUACAGGAGCGUAUUUUCGAAGAAUGCCAGUCCCUACUGAGUGAUUCUGACGGCGGCAUCAGCAUGUCCGAUUUGGGAGAGAUGAAAUACUUGGAGGCUGUCAUAAAGGAGAUACUGAGACUGUACCCAAGCGUGCCUUUCAUAGGUCGGGAAGUCGUCGAAGAUUUUAUGUUAGAUGACAUCAGAGUGAAGAAGGGUUCAGAAGUGGUGGUGCACAUAUACGACGUGCAGCGGAGGCCUGACCUGUACCCGGACCCUGAAGCCUUCAAACCCGAGAGGUUCCUGGAGUCGGACUCCAGGCAUCCGUACGCCUUCGUUCCCUUCAGCGCUGGGCCCAGAAACUGCAUUGGGCAGCGUUUCGCGAAGAUGGAGAUGAAGUGCGUGCUGAGCGAGAUCGUGCGUAACUUCCGCCUGGCGCCGCUGACGCCGGGCGCGCGCGCCACGCUCAAGACGGACAUCGUGCUGCGCUGUGUGGACCCCAUACACGUGCGGUUCAUACCACGAUAGACACGAGAGCGACGCACACGGUGCGUUGCGGCGGUGCGGCGCCGGAGCGGUGUCGCUGCGUCAUCUUACAUAGAAAUAUUUGUGGCGUCGCACCGAACUCGCAACCACCGAGACGAGGCGGGUAGGGGUGAAUGCGUUGCGACGUCGGAGCGGCACCGCUCAGUUGUUUACGCAUCACAACAUAACUUAAUAAGAGCGGGGAACACGAUGCGUUGCGGCGGCGGUGUGGCGCCGGAGCGGUGUCGCUGCGUCGUCUUAGGGCGAAACCACAACACUACGGUGCGUCGUCGGAUCGCAAAAAUCUACCGCACAACGCACCGUGCUUUCCGAUGCGGUGCCGCACCAUGCAAACUUGCGACGCAAUGACGUACCGUUCAGUCGGUGUCCGCACUUAGCUGCGCGUAUGCUAACUCAUCUCGUUAAUUCAGGAACGGCCUGUCCUUUGGGAUAAGACCGUAGAAGUAUUUAAGGAUAAAUUUUUAAAAACAGAAACCUGAAAGGAAGCUUGUAAAUCUUUAUAUCCUGAUUUAGAAUUUAAACUAAUGGCCACAUACGAUGCCGAAUCGCAUUGCAUUGCGGCAUUGUUUUUGCGAUGCAACAACGCAUCGCAGUGUUGUGGUUUCGCCCUUACAUAGAAAUAUCUGUGGCAAGUCUCACUAUGCGCUACGGCACCGUACCGGACUUGCAACCAUCGAGACGAGGCGGGGAGGGGUGAAUGCGUGGCGACGUCGGAGCGGCACCGCUCAGUUGUUUACGCGUCACAACAUUACUUUAUUAACAGACUGUCUAAAGUUGCUACGGCGCCUCUGCGACUUAACAACGUUGCGGCGCGUCGUGUGCCUUCAGCCUGAAAAGGCCAGACCUUUGGCACGAGGCAAGACUUGCAAAUUCUCGUGUUCCUACCCAGAGCUGGGAAAAAUGCAUGCUUUUCUUUAAUUAAAAUACAUAGCUAUUAAUUUAGAAUACGAAAUACAGAAUAUUUUUAGGACAUAAUUUGUAUUUAAAAUACAGUAUUUAUAAAAGCUA